AUGACUUCCCGCGCUCCCCAUCCGGCUUUGCCCACGCUUAUUUCUCAUCCUACUAACAAACCUCGCCUCGGAUCCAAGCAACUUCAAAUCACUUCGGCCGCUCAAAAAUCUAUGCGCGACGUGAGCUCCCAGUCAGACACGAAUUCAAUGAAUAUACUAGUCGAUGAAGCCCCUCAGCUUGAUAAUCCAGCCUUAGGACAAAUGCGCUUGGCUGUUGCAAAUCACCCCCAUGAGUCAGCAUCAACCGAUUCAAAGAUGUACGAGCCCAUCUCUGCGCAAGGCCAACUUCCUGCUGCCGACGAAUCAAAUGAAGCAAGUGCGCCAACGCAAGCAGUCCUCCCGGCCAAGGUUCUUGGCCUCAUCGAAAGUAUCCCCGAUAAACUCGCCUUUUUGCUUGAGCCGAAUGUCGAUUAUGAAAAGCAAUCCUGCCGCAAAGACCUGAUACUCGGCGUAAUCAAACACUUCCACCCUGGCUAUACAUCACCGGUUCGACAACCCAAAAAAGGCUUUUUAAUUAGAGAGUACAAACAACGCGUGCUCCCACAAAUCGCUCCUUAUCUCCAGUGGAAGGUCAAACAACAAGAGCUUCUUGAAGCCGCUGAGGCAAAGGCGAUGACACAAGAUCCCGGACCACUUGAUCUUUCAGGGUUAAAUCCAAAUAGCGCCUCCAUCACCACCGAUGCCAUCCUCGACAUCAUAGCCGGGAGACGCCCAAGUAUCAAACUUCCGCUCACAAUGACCAAGACCGCAGCAAUUGGGUUUUUUCAUCAAUGCGUUUGCCGACCACCACCUGGAGGGUAUCCUAUGCCCUUUACCGCGACUCCUUCUCCCGUACCUCAACCAUACCACCGCCUCCUCACUCGGGAUGAGAUUUUUUUUACUCUCCAAUGCCAUUGCCCUGUGAUGUUUGUCCCGUCGGAUCUCCUCAAGCCAAUCCUUCUGGCCCUCUAUGUGCAGUUCGUUUUAGACAACAUUGCUGACGAGUCGAUCUUUGAAGGCGUGCAUUACUUCUAUCGUCAAGUUUAA